AGACAACCUACAAACUGGGGGAAAAUAUUUGCAAACUUUGUGUCUCAAUGUACUAGUGACUAUCGCCCUAAGAACUAGUCAUGGGAGCACUGUCACGCAUUCGGUAUAUUUUAAUUUUCGGGAUGCUGCCACUUACCAUGGCGGGAGCCUGGUCCCUGUGGAAUCGAUUGUAGCUGGACUUAUCUUGAAUAUUCUGAGCCAGCAUACCCAACCGUAAUAUGCUAAUUCAUUCCUGCUUGAAGGGCGUAACAAUCAAUAGACGUUCGCGCACACACGUACGUUCACGCACCAUUUAAAGGGCUGCUUCCGAUUAAAUCCGAAAAUCCGCCCUCCCCUAAUCUCUGACUUUAUUGUUAAAUUAGGUAAGAGGUACUCUUGCCGACCCCCAAAAACAAGAUACUUAAAUUGAGCUCUAAAAAUCAUAAUUUAACCGUGAACACUCCAACACUAGCCCCUCGAUUAACGUAAUUUUCUAAAAAAUCCUGAUACUCUCCAACCAAAUAAGAUCUCCAAUUUAUAUGUUAACUAAAUUUCGGUCCUAAUACUUAUAUAAUAUUUCAAGUAUCCUUCUCUGAAAAGUGUGUAUCCCAGAUAUUAUAGUCCUAAAUCAAAUAUAACUUCAACUACAUGUCGCCCCUCAGCCAAAACCUCUGCUAAUUCAACUAUUUUAAAGGCCCUAAACUUCCAGGACUAUAAACGACCACUUUAGAUUUAUACCCAACAAGAUGUUGACAUCCCCCUAGUAUUUCAAAAUACCACUCAAAUGUUUUUCAUCCAGUUAAUGUAGCUUAAUUGUUUUAAACAAGGCACUGAAAAUGCGUAGAUGGGUCCACACAACCCCAUAAACAUAGAAAUUUGGUCCUAGCCUUUUUAUGAGUUCUCAGUAAAAUUACACAUGCAAGCAUCCCCGCCCCAGUAAGAAUGCCCUCCAGAUCACCUGGGUCAAAAGGAGCAGGUAUCAAGCACGUAUAAACACAGCUCAUAACACUUUGCUCAACCACACCCCCACGGGAAACAGCAGUGAUACAUUUUAAGCAAUAAGUGAAAGUAUGACUAAACUAUACUAAUAUUUAGGGCUGGUAAAUUUUGUGCCAGCCACCGCGGCCACACAAUUAACCCAAGCUAAUAAAACUCGGCAUAAAGAGUGUUUCAGGUCUGCACUCAAUAAAGUUAAGCUCCAGCUAAAUCGCAAAAAAACUCCAGCUGAAAUAAAAUGUACCACGGAAGUUACUUUAAUGUCCUGAGGACACAACAGCUAAGGCACAAACUGAGAUUAGAAACCCCACUCUGCUUAGCCCCAAACCCAAACGGUUAUAUUAACAAGACUCUUCGCUAGAAUACAUGCAGCAGCUUAAAACUCAAAGGACUUGGCAGUGCUUUAUAUCCUUCUAGAGGAGCCUGUUCUAUAAUCGAUAAACCCCAAUACACCUAACCAUCUCUUGUCAUUCAGCCUAUAUACCACCAUCUUCAGCAAACCCUAAAAAAAAGCAUAAAGUAAGCACAAGUGUGCACAUUAAAACAUUAGGUCAAGUUGUAGCCCAUGGGAUGAUAAGAAAUGGGCUACAUUUUCUACAUCCAGAAAAAUCUUAUGAUAACCUUCAUGAAAUCUGAAGGUUCAAGGAAGAUUUAGUAGUAAAUCAAGAAUAGAAUGCUUGAUUGAAUAAGGCCAUAAGGCACGCACACAAUGCCCAUCACCCUCCUCAAGUAGUACUCUAGAAAUCACUAUUACUAAUAAUUGUCUACACACAUAUAGAGGAGAUAAGUCAUAACAUGGUAAGUGUACUGGAAAGUGCGCCUGGAUAAACCAAAAUGUAGCUUAACCCAAAGUAUUCGGCUUACACCCAGAAGAUUUCAUUACAACCUGAUCACUUUGAGCCAGCUCUAGCUCCAAACCUUGCUAAAAAGUAUUAUUAGAACUACUUAAAUCAAACCAUUUACCCUAGACAAAAGUGUAGGAGAUAGAAAUUACUUAUUCUGGUGUAAUAGAUAUAGUACCGUAAGGGAACAAUGAAAGAACUAUAUCAAGCACCAAAAAGCAAAGACAAACUCUUGCAUCUUUUGAAUAAUGAAUUAACUAGAAAAAACUUCACACCAAGAGUUCUAGCCAAGUCCCCCAAACAGAUGAGCUUCUCAAGAACAGCUAGAAGAGUACACUCAUCUAAUGUAACAAAAUAGUGAGAAGAUCCAUGAGUAGCAGUGACAAGCCUAUGGAGGUUGGUGAUAGCUGAUUGUCCAAGAUAGAAUUGUAGUUCAACUUUAAACUUACCCACAGAAUUACUUAUUCCUUCUGUAAGUUUAACUGUUAAAGAGGGACAGCUCUUUAGAUAUUAGAAAAUAACCGUCCCAUAGAGAGUAACAGAUUUUACCACCGUAGUUGGCCUAAAAGCAGCCACCAAUUAAGGAAGCAUUUAAGCUCAACAUCUGACUACCUUCAUUUCUAAUCACCCUGUUGAACUCCUCAUAUUACAUUGGACUAAUUUAUUAUUCAGUAGAAACAAUAAUGUUAGUAUAAGUAACAUUAAGACAUUCUCCAUUGCAUAAGCUUACAUUAGACCAGAAUAAUUCACUAACAGUUAACAACCUAAUAUUAACAAAUGAUUAAUAGACAUCUUAUUAUCUUUAUUUUAACCCAACUCAGGCAUGCUCUAAGGAAAGGUUACAAAAAGUAAAAGAAACUCGGCAAAUUUCACCCCGUCUGUUUACCAAAAACAUCACCCCUAGCAUUGCUAGUAUUAGAGGCACUGCCUGCUCAGUUCCAUAUGUUUAAGGGUCACGGUAUCCUGAACUUGCAAAGGUAGUAUAAUCAAAUAGGGACUUGUAUGAAUGGCCACAAUGGGAUUUAGUUGUCUCUUACUUUCAACCAGUGAAAUUGAACUACCUAUUAAGAGGCAUGUGUAAAUAAGUAAGACAAGAAGACCCUAUAGAACUUUAAUUCAUUAAUGCAAAUAAAGAUUCAAACAAGCCAACAGGCUCCAAUGUAUCAUCCCUGCUUUAAAAAUUUUGGUUGGGGUGGCCAGGCGCGGUGGCUCACGCUUGUAAUCCCAGCACUUUGGGAGGCCGAGGCAGGUGGAUCACGAGGUCAGGAGAUCGAGACCAUCCUGGCUAACAUAGUGAAACCCCAUCUGUACUAAAAAAAUACAAAAAAUUAGCCAGGUGUGGUGGCGGGCACCUGUAGUCCCAGCUACUCGGGAGGCUGAGGCAGGAGAAUGCCAUGAACCUGGGAGACAGAGCUUGCAGUGAGCUGAGAUUGCGCCACUGCACUCCAGCCUAGGCAACAGAGUGAGACUCACACACACACACACACACACACACACACACACAAAUUUGGUUGAGGUGAACUUGGAACGUAAUUCAACCUCCGAAACGACUUAAACUAAGAUCGCACUAGUGUGAGUUAUUACACAUUGACCCAAUAAUUCGAUCAACAGGAUCAGUGACCCUAGGGAUAAGAGUGCAAUCCUAUUCUAGAGUCCAUAUCAACAAUAGGGUUUACGACCCCGAUGUUGGAUCAGGACAUCCUAAAUGGUGUAGCCGCUAUUAAGGGUUCAUUUGUUCAACGAUUAAAGUCCUUCCUGAUCUGAGUUAAGACCAGAGCAAUCCAGGUCGGUUUCUAUUUAGCAUUAAAUAGGGCCCACUUCACAAAGUGUCCUUACAAGACUAGGAUUUUUACACAAUAUGCUAUUGGUUAUUGAACCCUAUUGUAGAUCCAGUGCCCAGGUCUUAUAAAUUUCAGGUUCUUAUGCUUUCCACUAAGCUACAUUGCCCUUUUCCUUUUUUUUUUUUUUUUUUUCUUUUCUUGAUUUUUUAAAUUUAUUUAUUGCCUCCAUCCUAUGGACAGUCUGGAAGUAGCGAUAGAGAUAUUUUCAGUCAUAUUUAUGGUAGUUUCCCACCUCACCUGAGGUCUGUGGGUAACAAAAGAGAAAAGUUAGCUUCUUUUGCCUUUUCCAUGCCCUCCUAUUUCUUCACUAAACCAUACGCAAUAAAUGAUCUAGGAGCUUUUACAAUGCUCCAUGAACAAGAACCUCACAGAGCAAUUAUACACAGUUCCUACUUCCAGAGAGCUCUCAGUAUAUUAGGAGAUCAAUUUGGCAAAGAGAAUUACAAUAAAAUGCAGAAGUACUAUGAGAGAGUUGUGAAUGGAAUGGUGUGGAAACAGAUACACUUAUAUAUUGAAUUAUAUCCUGAGAAGUUAGGAAAAGUUUUCAGUAAGAGUUGGUAUUUGAAUUGAAUCUUAUAGGAGGAAAGUAUAGUAAGAUAAUUAGAGGAGAAUAUGACAAAAACAAGGUAACCAAAGUCACAUUGAAAUGUGUGAAUUUGGUGGAAAGUCACUAGUUGUUGAAGAAGAGAGGUAAACAGGAAUAACAAAAGAUAUAGGAGCCAUGAUAAUUAGAUUUAAACUAGACUAUGCAGACUUAUAUACAAGACUAGGAUUUUUAUACAAUAUGCUAUAAACAAAUAGAAGUAAGUGAUGUUAAUUCGGUGGAUUGAAAUAGUAAUGGUUGCAAGAUAGAGGUGAUAGAGAAUUUAUAGAUAAAUUAUGACAAUGAUAUGGAGAAUAAAAUUGAGAAAAAAAUAGGAAGUUGUUAAACAUAUCACAGAAAUUAUUAAGGUUGAAUUAAGGUAGCAGAAAUAAAAAAGAAUUUCAUUUAAGAAAAAUCUUCAGAUAGUAUUUAAAAAUUCAUAUACUGACUAGAUAUAAGGAUAAGAUAGGUAGAAAAUAACUCUGAGGUUCCUUGAAUGAAAGGCAGAUGACAAACUGAAUAAUUAAGUUACAAAAUACAGAGAGAGAGAGAGAGAGAGAGAGAGAAAGAGAAAGACAGAGAGAAUACUGAAUACUAUUUUAGACUUUAUAAUUUGAGUCAUUUAUAAAACUAUCCAAGCAAAAGUGCCUACUGGUCAAAUGACAAAACCUGAGUCUAAAUCUUCAAGAAACCUUUGGCUUGUAGAUAAAGAUGGGAGCAUCUAUGAAUGUAGAAAUAAUAAUGGAUUACACACAGAGUAUAAAUUGGACUGAUAAGAGACUAAAAACAAUUACAAACUUCGCAGAAGAGAAACAGCAAGUUAAUAUAAUUUGUAAAACAG